GCCAAGAUCCCGACAGGCCCAGCGGCUAAGGGGAGUCACGUGAGAGUGGGUGGCAGACGCAGGGCUGGGCUCCGCGGCGGCCGCGUCUCUAUGGUCGGCGGAGGUGGGCGGCUUUCCUGGAGUUGCUGCUGAAGCUGGAGCUCGGGCGGGAUGUUUCGUCUUAACGCCCUUGCCGCGCUGGCGGAACUGGCCGUGGGCUCGCGAUGGUACCAUGGGGCAUCGCAGCCCACACAGAGCAAGCGAAGACUGAUGAUGGCCGCUUUCCUGGGAGCAUCGGCGGUGACGGCCAGUACUGGUCUCUUAUGGAAGAAGGCUCACGCAGAGUCUCCGCCGUGUGUCAACAGCAAAAAGCCCGACCCUGGUGAUACAGGGAAGACUAAAGAGGAAGGUGAAGUCUCCAAUCAUGACGGAAGGGCCGCGGAUGCCGGGACCGAGCCUUAUCCGGAAGAGAAGAAGAAGAAGCGUUCUGGAUUCAGAGACAGAAAAGUGAUGGAAUAUGAGAACAGGAUCCGAGCCUACUCCACGCCAGACAAAAUCUUCCGCUAUUUCGCCACCUUGAAAGUAAUCAAUGAGCCUGGAGAAACGGAGGUGUUCAUGACUCCCCAGGACUUCGUGCGAUCCAUAACCCCAAAUGAGAAGCAACCCGAACACCUGGGCCUGGAUCAGUAUAUAAUAAAGCGAUUUGACGGAAAGGAUUUCUGGCAGAGUGAGAAAAUUGCCCAGGAACGAGAAAAAUUCGCUGAUGAAGGCAGUAUAUUCUACACCCUUGGAGAAUGUGGGCUCAUCUCCUUCUCCGACUACAUUUUCCUUACGACUGUUCUUUCCACUCCUCAGAGAAAUUUUGAAAUUGCUUUCAAGAUGUUUGACUUGAAUGGAGAUGGAGAAGUGGACAUGGAGGAGUUUGAGCAGGUUCAGAGCAUCAUUCGCUCCCAAACCAGCAUGGGCAUGCGUCACAGAGAUCGUCCCACCACUGGGAACACCCUCAAGUCUGGCUUGUGUUCGGCCCUCACAACCUACUUUUUUGGAGCUGAUCUCAAAGGGAAACUCACCAUCAAAAACUUCCUGGAAUUUCAGCGUAAACUUCAGCAUGAUGUUCUGAAGCUGGAGUUUGAACGCCAUGACCCGGUGGAUGGACGGAUCACUGAGAGGCAGUUUGGUGGCAUGCUGCUGGCCUACAGCGGAGUACAGUCCAAGAAGCUGACCGCCAUGCAGAGGCAGCUGAAGAAGCACUUCAAAGAUGGCAAGGGCCUGACUUUCCAGGAGGUAGAGAACUUCUUCACUUUCCUGAAGAACAUCAAUGACGUGGACACUGCAUUGAGCUUUUACCACAUGGCUGGAGCAUCUCUCGAUAAAGUGACCAUGCAGCAGGUGGCCAGGACGGUGGCGAAGGUGGAACUCUCAGACCACGUGUGUGACGUGGUGUUUGCACUCUUUGACUGCGACGGCAAUGGGGAGCUGAGCAAUAAGGAGUUUGUUUCCAUCAUGAAGCAGCGGCUGAUGAGAGGUCUGGAGAAGCCCAAGGACAUGGGCUUCACCCGUCUCAUGCAGGCUAUGUGGAAAUGUGCACAAGAAACCGCAUGGGACUUUGCUCUGCCCAAAUAGCAUCCCACUUCCUACACCCUAGCACCCUGGACCCCCUGGAGUGGCCCUUCAUGCUGCUGCUGCUGUUGCUUCUGGGAGUAGUGCCCCCUCCCAUCUUUCUGGGAGUAGUGCCCCCUCCCAUCUUUCUGGGAGUAGUGCUCCCUCCCAUCUUUCUGGGAGUAGUGCCCCCUCCCAUCUUUCUGGGAGUAGUGCCCCCUCCCAUCUUCCUGGGAGUAGUGCCCCCUCCCAUCUUUCUGGGAGUGACCUCUGGGCUCCACGGGCUUUCCUCUCCGCCCUUCCCGGGACCAGUCCGUGUUCUGCUAGGCUCCAAGUCUGCAGUCAGAUCAAAGGUUCUAAAAAAAAAACAUGGCCAAGUCUUAAAAGUGGAGACCUUUGCUCCUUUAACAAGUGCCCUGUGGAUAAGGAAUGCAGGGAGCCCUCCCAACACCUGGCAGCCUGAGAAGCAUCCCUGGGCCCCCCCUCCAGGCUCCAUUGCUGUGGAUUUAUAUUAAGAACAUCCCCUGCUCUCCCUCCUCCUCCUGCAGUUUUUCUAAGCUGCAAGUUUGGAAAUACUCUGGCAGGCAAGAGGAAGUCUGUGAUGAAUGAUAAUGAAGGCGACCCGGGCACCCUGAGCUGGCAGGAGGCCUGGUCAGAGGAUCCGUGGCAGACACAGGCAGCUCCGGGAAGCCUCAUGCUCCCAGCAGAAUUCCAGAUUCAAAGGGGCUGCCUCAUGGUCCUCUCCGCUCCCUCGUGUUCCUCCCAGGCUCCCCGUGACGCCUCCUCUGGGACUCUGCUUCCCCAGCAGCAAUGGCCGAGUACCUGUUAGUGUCUCCUCCCCUCUCUGUGGGCCUGCGGAGCCCAGACCCCGCUCAGAGCUCAUCUGCCCCCUGUCCAAAACACUCGUAAAAUAUCACUUUAAUUAUAACAGUUUGCAGUAAAUAUCCCGAAAGCAC